CGGUCUGUCGUGGUUUUGCUCGUGUUUGAGUGCCUGUUAGCAAAAUAUCUCAUGAAUCAGUGGAAGUUUUGUAACGAAACGUCCUGGAUCUUCAGCUGAUGUUCGUCUGCAGCUGGGUUAAGAUGGCCGCUGCCGCAGCUAAAACUUAUCAAACACAAAAACAGCUUUUGUGUUUCCAGUCGGUGAGGAUGAGUGGGAGGAAGGUGCUGAAGGUGGUCCUGAGUGUGGAGCAGGCCGAGGGGCUCGGUGCUCGGGUCCGCAGGAGCAUCGGCAGAACUGAACUCAGGAACUUGGAUCCUUUUCUGAUGCUGGACGAGUUUAAAGUCAGCAAACCUGCAGGUUUUCCUGAUCAUCCUCACCGAGGCUUUGAGACGUGGAUGACGGCGGGACGGGGGGUGGUCCACGCGGAGAUGCCCGUGUCAGACGAGCCGGUGCUGGGUCUGCAGCUGUGGGUCAACCUGAGGAGAGCGGAGAAGAUGAUCGAACCAGCGUACCAGGAGCUGAAGGCCUCCCAGAUCCCCAAACCCAGCCUGGGGGGCGUGACGGCCGCCGUCAUUUCUGGAGAAGCUCUGGGAGCCAAGUCUAAGGUCUACACAAGAACUCCAACCUUGUAUCUGGACUUCAAGAUGCAGGCAGGAAGUGUGCACGUGCAGCCCGUCCCUGCAGGAUGGACGGCGUUCAUCUACACUCUCUCUGGAAGCGUCCAUGUUGGUCCUGAGGAGCAGCAGGUGGAGCCUCAUCACACCGUGGUGUUUGGAGACGGAGACUGUGUUCGCUUUGAAAACAAGGGUUCUGAAGUUUCUCAUUUCGUCCUGAUCGCAGGAGAACCGAUCAACGAGCCRGUGGUCCAACACGGCCCGUUUGUGAUGAGCACCGAGGAGGAGAUCCAGCAGGCCAUGCUGGACUACAGGAGGGGCCAGAACGGCUUUGAGAGAGCCCCYAAGUGGAGGUCCAAAAUCAGAGAUUCUGUCUGAUGUCAUCACUUCCUGUUCCAACAGGAGCUGUUUUACAGGGAUGCUCAUGUCCUGAAAUAUGUUUCUGAUUUUAACGCUGUCGUCUUUAUACUUUUAGGGUUUGUGACUUGUUUUAUGUUUUUGCUGUUUGAUUUGAAAUUCUGCUUUUGUUAUUUAAAGCUUCAGUUGUUUGUUUGGAGCAGCUUGAUUUGAAGUGGAGGGAAGAUAAUGAGGUUGUUAUG